CGAGUGUUUUCAGUGUUUACGUGUUUGGACGGGGAUUAGUGGGUGGUUUGUAACGCUGGAGGUGAAAUGGUCGAGCUGAAUUAGUGGGCGGAAGGAGGAAUGGCUCAUACGUCUUGCAACUCUCAGGAGAGCCAAAGCGGAGCCGAGCCAAACACGAGGACCCAAACACAUCCUCAAAAUGUACAAAAGCCCCUCCCUAAAGCUGAACUUCGGAACCGCUUUGGCCCCAACCUCAAGAACCUCCUGCGACGGAGAAGUGAUGAGGACAGCUUGGAUUAUGAGAAUGAGGAUAGCUUCGUGGCAUGUGAGGAUCUCACCUCACGCUCUUCCCUGCGCCUCCAGCACUUAGAACUGACUCUACUCGGUCUUAGCUCUCAGUGCCAUGUCCUGCAGGGGGCAGGAGGCUGCCCACGAGGGCAUGUAAAGGGACUGUCCACUUCGGAGGCGGACUUUUACCACCACGGUCAGGCUGCAGCUUUCAGCCAGCACUAUGCACAGCUCCAGCACCUUCUGGAACAAAGGGCUCAGCUGCUUUUCCUGCAUGAAUACGGGCGCCGAUGUCGGGCAGCUAACUGCCUUCUGUCUCGACUGGCUGAAGUGCUGGAGAGGGCUCGGCUUCUGAUACCAAACAGGGAGAGGAGCUCAGAAGAAAAGCCCAGAUCUUGCUGGAACCUGGGUCUUAGAGGUUUGUGUGAGGAAUUGCAAGUCAACGUCAGCCACUGGGACCUGUUAAGCACUCGAUGGCGCUCUGAUGCCUUUUUGCGUCAUGUUAGCAUCACGAGAUGCAGAGAGAUGUUGGGGUCAAUGAGGAGGAAUCUAUGGCUGCUGGGGUUGCAGGCUUUACUGCUCAUGGAACAGUGCAUUAACACACAGCUUUUAGCUUUAGCCUCUGCUCAGAUGGUGUGUGUUCCUAGAGAUGCUUUAGAGGACUUGCUGUCUGCCGUGGAACUAUAUAAUCACGUCAUAAUGUACCAGAGAUCACAGCAAAGAGCUGCAUCAUGGAGUUUGCAUAUCAUGCUCUCUUCUGGCUUGCCCAGGAAAAGUGCCAGACCUGCACCCUUCUCAGUCGUGGAAAUAAUGAGAAUUCUGGCUCAGCGACGGGCUCACGUUGCAUCUGAGAAACUUUACAGUUGGGCUUGUCAGCAGACUGAGCUUGUUUCUCUAGCAGGGCAACCCAGCAUGCCAUGGGAGGAUUGGAUUCAAGCUACACCUAACGAUAUCCUAGACGAGUCGCCUAAAAGCACAUCACACAGAGCUUCCAGUAUGCCAUUCUUAUUAAUAAGUCAGCAUGAGAGAAAGGAAAUUCUGGAAACGUUUCUUCAAGCUUUAGCAUUCUCAUCCGACCUCAUAGCAACUGAUGCUAAACAUAGCGAUAUGAAGCGGAACCUCAGGGUCAGACGAUUACACAGAAGGCCUACAGACAAACCGUCCAGUCCGUACAGGGUUGUUCAGGAGCUGGACUCUAGCAUGACUGAUCCAUGUUUGGAGCUUUUCUCUCAAUACAGCAAAAUGUACUGGACAGAAUUCCCAGAAGCAUUCAGGAAGCAUUUUUGUUACCAGUUUCAUGACGGCGUUUUAGGUGGUGUGAACCAGUGGAAUUAUCAGAUGGUGUUUCUUCUAGUAAAGUGGCUCAGGCGUACCUGUAAAGAAGAAUCUAUUCCAGAAGAAUGCAAAGAUGUUUUGCGAAAAAUCUGCUCCAGUAUUUUAUCUACCGCAGCCUUCAUGCGAUGGGAUGAAAUGAUGUGUAAGUCACUGGGUUCAGGGCUGAAGGAUAAGUGCCUACCAGGAGCUGUGGCAGAUCCCACCACUGUUAGAACUGUCACUAUGAAACUCACACUGCAGCUAUUUCCUCCUCUGCUCUCGGUCAUCCAGUUACUGCAAACACCACAUAACAACCCAGGUGAAAAGGAGCCCAAGAGCCUGUGUUUGUAUUACUUAGGGUUGCUGUGGAGGGCCCAAGCCACCAUCCAGUCCUCGACUUUUUGGGUUUUGAGUAAGGCCUUCCAGUUUCUGGCCUCGUGGUCUGUUAGUAAGUUCCUGCUGGUCACGCAGGGAGACUUGAAGGAUCUCAGGGAGACGGUGGAGGCGCUGGCCUUGAAGUUACAGGAUGUGUAUAGAGGUGCUGAACAGCAAAUCGUAUUGCAGCAUGAACCAAAGCUAACGCAAGCAGUCUCUCAACUUCAGGCUUUCUCGGAUCUCGUUCUACAAAGGUUUUCAACGGACUGCAAGAAAAUGUCGGUGGAGAUUUUUGAGCAAACGAUGCCAUCAGCAAAACACUGGAGAAUUAACAACCAAUCAGAUUUACCCAGCAACCCGAGUGAGUACGCAGCGUUCGCCGCUCAGAGUGUGAUCGGUCAGGUGUUGGAGGGGGUCCAGCCCUUACCAGAUGAAGCUCGGAUACCAGCGCUUGUGGAGGCCAUGACUGCCUUCUUGGAGGCCUGGAUGGAGCACAUUCUGAAACAGAGAAUCAAGUUCAGUAUUCAGGGAGCUCUGCAGCUGAAGCAGGAUUUCAACCUCAUUCGAGAGUUCAUCCGUUCAGAGAAGUACAGCCUGUCGGAGGAGCUUUACCACCGUCUUCUCUCUCUGCGUGUCUUUCACCAAAUGGACUGUGCCAUCGUGUGCCUUCUACAGCAGCCUGUUGCCAAAACGUACAUGCCCUCUGUAAGAUGGGAGCCUUUCCGACACUGCUGUUCAAACACAGCCCAAGUGGUGGAUCAGUCGUUAGGAAGCCUUAAUGAUCUGGAGACCAUGGACAACCAGGCCACCACAUGCCAGCAUGCCCUGACUGGGGUCGGAGGCUCUGUAACUCCUGAACUGGGCUCCACAGCACCACCCGAGUCUUACCUGGCUGUAGCGCAGCAGGAAUGGUUGGACCUGCGUAUCCACACUGGCUCCCGUUGGAGGAUCCCCGGCCUGCGCUGUUUUUCUAAAUCUGAACAAUAAAAAACUGAUUUAUGUUAGUCUAAUAUGAUUUGUAAAUCCUCAUGGAAAGUGAAACUAUUGUUGACUGUUAUUUAUUUAUUUUUAUUUAUUUUAAAAGUAAAUGUUGCUGAAAGGACAUUGAUUAAAACGUCAAAGCAUUUCCUAUUUUUAAAAUUCAGUAUAGUUCUAACUUUUAUAAAGACAAUGUGUCAUGAUUUAUCAGAAUGUGCAUCGACGAACAGCCAAGUUCAAUAAAUAAAUUGAAUUUUUUUUGUAUUGUUUAUUGCAAAAUAUCUUUUAAAAUGCAUAUAACGUCAUGCACCAUAAUUAUUUUGAAAUAAAACUGUCAGUUGUCCCUUAUUUUGCAACACAAUAUUUAA